AGCAACAAAUCAACGCGUCCCAAGAACAAAUCAGACAGUUCCACAGUAUAACAAGAUAUAAUAUUUUGCCAUCAAUUCCUUACAGAGGAUAAUAAACAGAUUGAUCUGAUUGAAGACCUUUUGCCUCGUGGUGUGAGAACAAUUGGACAGCACACAAAAUGUCAACAACACCGAGGAGAACAACCCCGACAGUUUUCGAGCAGCAGCGAGCGGAACUGGUUCGGGAAAUCGCAGUGGGUAUGGAGCAAGUACUCCAAAACAUCAACCGCCUGAACCGCAACCUGGAAAGUAUCAUUGCAGUUGGAAAUGAGUUCAGUUCCGUCGAAGCUCUCUGGUCACAGUUUGAGAACUUCAUGGGCCGCUCUGAAGAGAAUGAGCAGAAUGGCACGAGGCAGGGCGAAGGGCGAGAGGAAAAAAGGGAAGGCCAUGAUCAGAGUUUCGCCGAGAGAGCAUCGACGAGUCACUAGCGAUAUAAGCACACGGUGUCUUGCGUAUGAUGAUCGUUCUACAUCUUUUACGAGUUAUGUCCUUAUUUCAUUGGGUUGCAUAUUCCACUAUUUGAUACCGCUACUACGUCGAACUUUGGCUACAAAAAUACCAGACACGUGUUUAGAAUCAUCAGUUUUGAUAGUUUAUCCCUUUCAGGUACAUGGGACUGUUGCUUGCGCCGGUAAACACC